GCCAGGCUGCUCUUCCGGAGCCGGUCGAAAAGAAACGUAAACUUGAUGAUGACCCGUGCACCGCGCCAGAAUCUGCAGCUGAAACCGAUAAGCCUGGUGAACCGGUUCUAAAUGAUAGCAUUUCUUUGGAUCAAAUCAAACGAAGUGUCGCCCUUGGGAUUUGUCGGCUGAGUUCGGAUGUUUCGUUACCACAAUCAAAAAUUGCUGAAAUGACCAGACUUUGCGAAACGUUGGCCCAAAUGCUCGGAGAGUAUUUUCAGGACAAUGUGAAAACAUUUUUGAAAGACCACGACAUUGACCAGGAAUCUCCAGAAACGAUCGCUUUGUUGAACCAGUUCCACUUGCCUAGCCUAUUCUCUAACGUCUCAACCUUAUCAAAACAAACUAAUUUUUUGAAAACUUUGGCGAUCAGCAUCCCAAAUCCAUCUGAAAAGAUGCUCCAAACACGCGAGGACAUUCGGCAUGUCGAUGGCAUUCCUAAAAAGGUUGCAGUAAAUGAGACUUUUUCGUACAUACCGAUUAUAGAAACAUUGAAGCUUAUCUUCAGAAACCCUGACGCGAGACGUCUGUUGAAUGAUAGCGAACGCGAAGAUUCAUCUACCAAAGAGUAUUCAAGCUUUCGGUCGGGUGAAACCUAUCGAAACAGCGAAUAUUUUAAACAAUAUCCAGAUGCAGUGCGACUAAGUAUUUACCAAGAUGAUGUUGAGCUAGGGAAUGCCCUAAGUUCUCGAGCCGGAAUAAAUAAAGUGUCUGUUGUGGAUUUUAAAAUUCAAAAUUUUCCGCCGAAAUGGAACAGCUCCCCAAAAACAGUUUUCCCUCUUAUGUAUUGCACUUCCAUUGAUGCCAAGAAGCAUGGAUAUAACAAAAUACUUAAACCUCUCAUUAAUGACCUGAAAAAGCUCGAGGAAGGUGUCACCGUCUUCUAUGGAAAUGAAAGUUAUACAAUUCGGGCAGUUGUAACCAUGUUUUGUGGUGACACGCUGGCUGUUCACGAGAUCUUCGGACUACUUGGACCAAUGGCCAAUUUCUUCUGCAGGAUUUGUACAAUACAAAGAACUGCUUUCCAUCAAAAUCCGUUCGAAAACUUUUCUUUGCGAACCAAGGAAUGGUACGAUCAGAAUUUGGAUAUGGUUAAAUCUGGAGCAAUUACUCCUUCCGAAUGUGGUCUAAAACCUGGGGGAUGCAUCUUGAACGAGCUUAGAAAUUUCCACACCACCGAAAAUUUUGCACUCGACACUAUGCACGACAUCGCAGAGGGCUUGGUUCCCUUAACUGUUCAACUCGUGUUGAGCCACUACUACAAGAAUAAGGAAUUGGGUAUCACAGCUGAAUUUAUCAACCAACGUAUACAUUCAUUUGCCUAUGGCUACAUUGACAAAAACAAUCGACCGUCAGCAAAUUUCACCAGCGAAAUGCUUUCAAAACCAGCAGCACACAAGUUGAAGCAAACAGCCGCACAAAAUUUGCUACUGCUCAGAGCGUUUCCGUUUUUGUUCGGACAUAAGGUCUCCGCCAACUGUGAAUAUAUGGACAUGAUAGGCCAUUUGAUUAACAUCACGCGAAUAUUAAUGUCCACAAUUGUGUCAGAACACAUGUUGGCAUCUCUAGAGGAGCAUAUCAGACUGUACGAAGAGUUAUUCUACAGUAAAUUCAAACGGCGGAUCAACAAGAAUCAUCAUCUCGAUCAUUAUAUACUGUGCAUUAAAAAGAGCGGAAAUAUGAAACAGUUCAACUGUCUAGUUUUUGAACAAAAGAACAAACCGGCUAAAAAUCAAUCAUCUACGUGUCGAAACUUUAAAAACAUAUGUAAAAGCCUUGCUCAACGGCAAUGCUUCAAAAUGAUCGUAGAUGUACUCGACAACCCAUUCCGAGAUAAAACCAGUUAUAAAGGUGGUAAAAUAGUUCUACGUGAACAUUGUCGUAGUCAAAGAUUCUUGGAUGAAACAUUGGUACAAGUGUUCAUACCGAAGUCCGUCACCAUCAAUGGAAUAGACUUCCGACCUAAUCUGCUAGUAUGCAUCCGAAACUACGAGAACGAAUACUAUCCUGCAUAUGGUAUUAUAACUGAAAUAGUUGUGAUAAACAGCAAAAUAAAUUUUCUGCUGAAGCUAUGCAAAACGAAGACAUACAACAGUUUCUUGGAGGCAUACGAGGUUUCAGUAGAAACGGAUGAAACAUUAUUUCUCCUAGAACAAAUUCAUACUCAUACAACUUUCGCUUUCUGGACCUCUCACGGAAAUAGUCUGAAGUUUAUUUCUCGACGAAACUACUGUCGAGAUUACUAAAUGUAUGUUACACUUCCAUCGUUUAUGUAUAAAAUAUAGUAACACAAUUUAUUUCAACAGUCAAAGAAGAGAUAACAGAUGUCGAAACGUUUUCCUUGCUCGACAAUGCCGAUUUCAAGAGACUCGAGCUAACGACGAAAAUGGUGAAAACCAUUCAAAAGUAUCAAAAACUCCUGGAAAAAGAUGCAGUAGCCGAAGAACCGGAAGAGCAAGAUGACGAACAACUGACCGAAGACCGCAAUACGGAUCACUCGAAAUCGAUCAAUGGAAACAAACAAAACUCAGUUUUUCUUGAGCAGGCAUGUAUUAUUACUUUCAAAAUUACAUUCAUCUUACAAUUAUGGGUCACUCUUCCAAAUUUAAAAGAUAAUUACUUUUCAUACAUACGUUUGUAUCAAAACGCAAUUCUUUCAUAAUAAAGUAGAAGGUGGCCUAUGACUGCGUCGUAACUUUAUAGUAUCAAAUAAACAAGACGAUGUUUAACAGGAUCGAAAUCGUUUUUUAUAUAACUAUGUUUACUUUUCAGGAAAUCGACGUUGGACUAAUUCUCACCGAGACACCGAAAGGACGCGAAAUUCACGAAACUUUGGCUACCGGGACUAAACCAAACGACAAAAUGAUCACAAGUAUUACGCAUAUUAUUUGUGAUUAUUUGAAGUCUACCUACGGAGUGAGACCAUCCACUUUCUACAAAGAGAUGCUUGCACGCUCCUUGAUUAAAACGUACCCGGUUCUAUCGUCGACAGCAUCGGACAUUCCGCACGUAAGUUUUACCAGCUUCUUGUUAUUUUAAGAAAAAAAAAACACCUAGAAACCUUUUAAACUUUAACUUACUUCUUCUGAAAACAAAUCCAGUUACAGACCGCGCGCUUCUGUUGCAAAUCAUACACGAUUAUGUCUAUCGCAACCAUAGACUGGCGAAUCGCAUCAUUUUCACAAAUGCAUGAACGUACCUAAAUGUACUACCUACCACUAUUUAACGAAGCGGAAAUUCUAGGUACAUAUAAACUUUCACGGAACACCUUUCUAUCUCAUUGCAAACAAUUUAAAAAAUAUUGUAAAAUUUGAACCAAGUGAAAGUUUUGUUCGGAUUCGCCAAUCUAUAAAUCGAAUACAUCACACAAAUUUUCAUCUGUCACAACAUUCUACCAC